AUGGUGCUCCCGCCAGCAGUUACAGGGGUCAAGAAUGAACUAACUAAAACCAAGAAGAAAAACAAAAGACAACGGUUGGAAGAAGACAAGGAUGAUGCCAGCAAAGAGUCAGAGCGUGAUGCUGCCGACGAUGACGAUGGCACAAAACAUGAUGAUGAUCUCAUUCGUACAGAGGGCGAUGACGCCACAGGGGACAACGGUGGCGCCGCAGAGGACAGCAACAAUGAUAAGCGGACAAAGAGGAUAAAGACAAGUGGAAAAGAAUUGGCAGCACCAACGGAUGAUGCACAUGAGGCAACAACAAAUAAGGACAAAUGCGAAAUCAAGGCAGGAGCAGCAUUUGAUCAGGUCAAUAGAGCAUGGAACUUACUAGAAGAACGUCACCGGCAAGAUGUUAGGACGGCCGGGUUUGGAAGCAUAGAGGAAUGCCAAAUAAAGCGCUCCAUCUGCAAACCGCUUGCAGCACACAUCUACGACAACCUGGACACAGAAAGCAUGACAAUAACAUUCGGUGAAGCUGAUCAGCAGAAGAAAUCAAGAUUACCAAGGAAGCUAUACACAAGCAAACAAGCCAUUAUGGUCAAGGACUUGGACUAUCCAGAAAUGGCAAAGAUGGAUUUCUGCGAGGUAAUCGUUGAAAGUAUUAAGGAAGGAGCCAAGAUAUGGCAGAAGCACAGGUUGUUGCCUCAAGAAGAAAAGAACAAAAAGCAUCUCAAUGGUUUGGCACAGGGACCAGUAAUAAUGUACCUCGACUCCCUGCUGCUGUCGACCGACACAAUAGAAAUGCGCAAGAUUGCAAAGACAAUGGACAAGACAUCAUUACCGCGAGCAAACCACCUAAAAGAGAGUGACCUAAAGAAAAUAGCUAGAGCAGACAUGAAAAGGGACGGAAAAGCACGACCAGAUGACUAUGAAUUUGGCAAGAUAAAGACAUGGAAAGGAACAGCAGAGAGGAUCUUCUAUGCCAGCACAGCAACACCUUCGUAUUCAAUACAGAUGAUACCAGCACAACAACAGGACCACCAGCAGACGACCAAGCUACUACCACCUCUAACCAAGCGCCAGGACGAAGCACAUGUCAGCACGAGUGGAAGCAAGGAACCAGUCAGAGGCACCAGCACAGGAUCAUAUGAAAUAUUCGGAAGGAUAGAAGAAAUGUUGAAACAAGUACUCGACGAAACAAAACAGAUACCGGGAAUAAAGACCAGGGCUGGACACCAAUUCAGCGAACAAGAGGAGGAAUUAGAUGAAAACAUGAAGAACUCAGUGGUGCAACAAACAACGGCCCUGAUUGAUUCUUUAAAACAACUUAGAAAAUUUCAGGACAUUGUUUGCAGAGGACAUGGCAAGAGAACGCCACCAAAACAUAAAGGCCAACAGCAGCAUGUCGUCAAGAACACCGAGCAAGAGGAUGGAAGCAAUAGAACAAGCAACCCAACAACAGAUGAUGCUCCCUCAAGAGCGUCAACAGGAGCAAUACAAGAGACGAACAGGAUCGGAGGCAGCAAAGACCCAGACAAGUAUCAUAUCGACGCUCCCGCAAACGAGGCACGGGCUGAUCUAGCAUCGACCGUUAACAGCACGGCACAAAAACAAGAAGAAAACAACAAAGAAGAGGUAUUACAAGCACGGCAAAGAGAAGAUGAUGCCCAUGCAAAACAGAAAGUUGAUAUAGAAGAGCUUUUCAGCACAAGAGCAUUUCAGAUGACCAAUACAGGGGAGAAAGCCUCAGACACUGCACCUGGUGACACACCCAAGGCUGGUAUACAAAGUAAAGAAAAAGUGGACGCACAAACGGAUAUCCCAACCACCGGCACAAAGGAAUCAAACGAGGACGGUCAUGCCGAAGAACAGCAAGGAGUACAAACAGAACAAACCAAAAAACAAGGGCAAAUGGUGACUAAAAUGGUACUCAGUAUGCCGACCAAAGAGCAGUCUUCACGUGAUAAACACAACCGAGAAGACAUGCCACCAGCAUCGAAGACCAACGUGAAGAAAGAAACAAAUGAAGCAGAAGAUGUGCCUCAAGAAGCGAUAGAAAGUGCUGCUACCGCUCGACAAUGUACAAAAACUCCAGAAGACAGAGAAGAAGUGACAGGCACGGCAAAAGAGAGAUUGAAUGUAGAGAUGCAAGAAACAGAGGAGAGCACCAAUAUUCAAGACCAACAAACACAACAACACAAGGGAAUGGAACAAGCAGAAGAUGUUCUUCCAACAACGGACAGCGUAACCGCCGUAGACCAAGCCAGAAAACCUUCCCUGUCCGGGCAAGAAAUAACAGGGAUGGCAAUGUCGACGCAAAAGAUUGAAAAGCCACAAGACAAAAACGACGACACCACGGAUGAACAAAACAAAAAAGAUCCAGAGGAGCUCCAAAAACCUCCACUCACCGAAGAAAAGCUCGAAGAGACAGCACCGGCGGAAACGACUGAAAAGAAAACAUUCCAGAGAGAGUCAGACAACAACAAGAAAAAGGCCGCACCAUCAGACAAGAAACAUUGUGCUGUAAAAGAUGUUGCCGCCACAAACACGACGGUAACCCAGGACGGCACUCAAACAGAACGUGAACCAUUGAUAAUACAAAACCUGGCCAUCGAAGAAGGCACAAAAGAUGAAGGGAUCGAACGCCUGUACAACAACGUCAUGACAGCAAAUAAGGACAAAGGGCACGAGAUUUUUAUAAAUACAGAGACGUCAACAGUAACGGUCAGCCUCAUGGCAGAAAGCUUCGAGACUGGAAAGGCAAUGCGCAGCGAAACCAUGGCAGUCAUGCUACAGAUGUUGAAAAAGCAAUUCAGGGGCACAAAGAGAAAGAUUCUAUCAAUAUACAACACCGCAUCAAUACGCAUGGCCAACCACGAAGAUCCAUUGGAGUUCAAAAAUGAAGACGAAGCACACGUCAGAGACAAGACAAUGCCUAAAAGGCUUAAAAGAUUCCUUGACCUGGAAGAAGGAGAGCAACUACAAGAUUUCGACAUAUUCUUUCUACCAGUUUGCAUAGGCGGGCCUGUUCGAGAAGGAGUUGUGGGCCACUACUUCAUUGUUACAAUAAACAUGAAAAAAGAGCGCUUUGAACUCCUUGACUCUUUACCAGUUGAAUAUAAAGGCACCAUGGAUUACUUCAACACAGUAACAAGCAGAGUAAAGAGGAUAUGGAAGCAAAUAAGCAAAUUGCUCCAGCUGUCUCCAAGUAGUAUUGACCAUUUCGAAAAGGUCAAAAUGCAGGUGCCACUUCAGGGAGGAACACUCGACUGUGCGUUCUAUAUGUUCAUGAACGCAAAGCACUACACCGACGGUGGGGAAACAGUGUACCUAACAGAAGAACAAGUCCCGGAGUUGAGGAAGAAAAUUCUCUAUCAAAUAAUCAGCCAAUACAGAGAUACGGCCGCACUGUCAUUAAUCAACUACACCAAAGAUAUGCUGAACUCUGAGGUCGAUAUGGAAGACAGUGAAAUGCAACGAAUACAUUGUGACAUAAUUCAAGAAGAGAUUCCUCCAACUCCCGAGCACAUUGGCACGAGCGCUCAAGAGAUACAGGUUAUUGACAUUAAUGACACAAGCAGCGACAAGGAGAAAGAAGAUUAUCAUGUGAGCAGCAAGGAUACCACCAAGGCGUCUGAAGAAGCACUCACGGAAGAACAAGCCCAGACAGAUGUUGGUUUGCAGAGGGAACAACACGCGCAGCCAGACACUGAUUUACAAAAGGAAGACGAACGGAAAGAUCCACCGAUAGAACCAGACAGACCACCCCCAGAUAAAAAGACAGAAGACAUAACAGGCUCUCCUUUAGAAGGUGAUAACAGGACAAAGAGCGUACCAACUCGCCAACAAGAGCUUUCCAAACAGAAUAAGAACCCUGUUGACGAAGAUCGCAAACCAGGAACAUCACCCGAGCUGGUGCUCGGUCUCAAUUAUGAUAACGGAGAGCUAUCAGAAUUCAACGAGGACGAUGCACUAAAAGGAUUUGAACUCCUCGUGGGAGGUAAAGACAUCCUCCAUUCGAAGAUGAUCAUGAUACCUCAUCACACAAACAACCACUACAUGCUCUAUGUACUGAACAAGUACAGAGAUAGCAUCGACAUCCUUGACUCACUGAACUACGUAAACUACGCCAAUUUGUCUUGGAGUCAACACCACGUGCAUCGAGAAGAACUGCAUAUUCUGGGUUUAAAGGAUAAAAGAAAAUCUAUGAAGAACUUGAGAGAUGAUUUCACACGAGAAAAGGAUGUCUUGGUUCCUUUGUUCCUUAAGAAAUGUCAAUCAGAGAAGCUCAAAACAGCAAAAAUGGUAUUCAUGCCAUUUGAAAAGGAAGACCGAUAUACACUAUUCGUGCUCGACAGAUAUAGAAGGAAGCUUCAAAUCAUCGAACCUGAAGAAACCUCUCUUGAAGAAUUGAAGAGGCAAGAAUACCUGAAAAAUCAACGUGAUCGACACGUGCAUGAUGGCAAACUAAUUAAGCAGAUUGCUAACAUGGAAAACAACGAAGCCAUCAAACAAAAGGAGCAUAACAAAUACCACAACCAUAAAGACAAACUGGGUGUUCCAAAGGUGAACAAAGGUGAAACCCCGUUUGCUGUUCUAAGGUUCGCGCAUCUCUUUGAUGGCAACCACUUCGUCGAAGAGAUAGAUAAUUUCAACGAUGGCACGGAACAAUGGAAAGCACAACAACUGUGCAGGCUACUAUUCAGCGAUCAGAAUACAAUCGAACCCAGCGAAAUGGGCGAUGAGAUUAGAAAGAUCUACGACGACAUCACGGAAUAA